GGAACAGUGGAUCGUUCAUGGCACCCGCCGCCGCGAGCCAAAGAACGACAUUGCCCUUCAAUUUAACCCUUUGUAACACCGCGGAAUACUCGCAUUCAUCCUGGUUUUCGAUAUUGCAGUGUUUGAGUAAGUUUAUCUAGCGGAAUGGGAGUCACAACGCUGUAUUUUUUAACGUGUCGGAUAAUGCACAAGAUAACCAAGGGACUGAAAAAGAAGAAAAAAAACAAGAAAUCCAAGAAAGGAGAGGACGAUCUCUUCAAGCCUGAAGAGUUAGAGAAGUACCGCAAGGAACACGAGCAACAACUGCAACAAGCUGCUGAGAGCGGGGAAUCGCAACCACAAAAUGAAGAGUGGAAGAAGUUUCUGGCUUUGACUUCAGGUGUCGAUGACAUACUAAAGAAGACCCAGGGAGACUUAGAUCGCAUCCGAAGCACAUCGUUUUUUCAGCGAAAACCUACCGAGGUUGAAAUCGAACAGGCUAAACAAGAGCACAUACGUCAACAGCAACAAGCAGCACAGGAAGCUCGAACAGAAGCCGCUGCGGUUACAGGUGCUCAAGGUAUCCGAGUCUGAAUCAGAAGAGGAAGAAGACGACGAUAUCUUCGACACCGCUUAUAUCGAAGCUGUUGCAACUGGAGAGAUAAAGCUAGCCAAUAUCCCUGAAUCGCCUACAGAGCUCACUGCUGACGGAGAUGAUCCCUUCGAUACUUCAAUUGCUGACAGAGCUAUAUUAGGACCUCAAGUUUCGAUCAAAGGGAAGCGAUUAGUUCCACUAGGGGCAGCUGUAGAAGUUUUAACUGGAAGGGUCGAGCUACCAACCUGUGCUACCAAAAGACCUGUAUCAAAUAAGAGACAAGUCUUCAAAGAGAGAGAUUUGCUCCUAGGCAGCUUUGAUCAAGAUACAGCUGCAACUAUUGCAGCAGCUGACUACGAGGAGCCAAAGAAAACAGUCCUAGACGAAGACAUCGACCUACCAGACGUUCCUAUUGACCUCAGCAAACCCAUACACCCGCCCGCGCCGGUAGUUAAAGGCGAACCUGAAGAGGCUAAAGAUGACCGCAAGGAUAUCAUAGAAGAGUUUGACCUCAUCGCUAAGAAAGAAGAGGAUGACGACGAUGUGGAGUUUGAAUUAUUGGCCGUUGAGAGUAUCAAGAAGCCUGGUAACGUUGUGAAGACUAUCCCUCCUGUGAUCGGCAAUCUUCCUGUUGCUGAAGUUUUGCCUGAUGAGAAGAAGUGGAACGCGUUUGAUUCAGAGCCUGCGACUGGAGGAGACGAUGCUGAUGUCGCAGAAAUAGACGACCCAUUCGACACUACCUUCGCUGCCAAAGUUGUACCAUUCGAAGAUAGCGAACCAGCCGAUGUUGAUCUUUUUAACACUAACGGCAGAAUACAAGAAUCCGAGCUAAAUUUCAUCAAGCCUGAAGAUAGAGACCUUCUAGGAGGAAGUCAAGUGGACCUUCCUUCUGCAGCUAACAUCGCACAAAUCGUUGAUGAAGAUGACGAUUUUGAUUUUGAUCCUAGAGCUGAGGAGAAACGUGAACGAUCAGUUUCCAGACCCGAAGUACUGAACAUUUCCGGUGGAUCAAAGACAGUUUCGUUUGAUAUCGCCUCACCUGAAGGGGUAGCUUUCGAUGGAAAGGUGAUCAAACCGCUAACUCCUUUCUACGCUCCACGAGAGGAGGAAAAACAGAACGGUUUAGAAGCUGACGAUCCGUUUGACACAAGUCGGAUCAGUGACGUCCAACCUGGAAGGGCUGAACUCAAGUGCAUUGAGAACGAGUUGCUGGAUCCGGAAGCUGAGAAAAAACUGAGUCUCGUUGAUCAUAGCUUUGAUCCUAGGGACGAAACUAGGGCUAAAAUUGAUAAGGUAAGUAAA